AUGCAUAUACUGAGCUGGCGGGUUCACAACUUCUUUCUGUAGAGGUUUGUUUCAUUUUGAGUCUGGUUCUUGAAUAUUGAUUAACAAAGAUUUAGCUGUUCGGAAUACGAGCUAUACAGACAACUGACCUUUAUUUUCCAAGCAGUCAUUGUUUGCCAUAUUGAUCAUUCGCACUUAUGCUCUUUACGGUGGUAGCAAGCGCCUGCUUACUUUGAUGACAAUCAUAAUGAUUACUCUUGCGAUAACAGUUUCUGUGGAAGGUUUGGGGCGUUAUAUGGGUCCUGCGGCACUUUUGCCAGGAGUUGGUUGCUAUGAAACAUAUACAGUAGCGAUGUACGCCAUCCUCUUCGCUUUAUUGCAGAGCCGUCCGUCAGUGAAUCCCAAGUCUAAUUUGCAUGCCACGACCUUAUCCAAUUGCAGGUCUUGGGCUAGCAUGGAUGGCCGAAAUGGUAUUCGAAUUACUAAUCUUCAUCCUCAUAGUGUACAGGACUUGUAAACUAGAGGUUUGCUGCGGUUGUCUUUAGUCACCAGGAGAAAUAUCAUUGAUAUCAUAUUUCACGAUGGU